UAUAAAAACAACAACUUUGCAGAAAGAAAAGAAGCAAAAUACGUCUAAGGAUUUUGCUUGUUUUCUUCUCUUCAUCUCCGGAUUGUAGCUGUCCCCUUUAUACUUUUCUCUUGGUUCUUUCUGGGUUUUAAUUUAAAUCUUUCCUCUUGGUUCUUUCUGGGUUCUAUCUGGAAGUCUUUCUUUCUAGAUUUGCUUCAAGGUGGAAGAUGGCUGCCGCUUCAUCGUCUGUUUCUUUGUUUCGGUCUAGGGAGGAAAAUCAAAACCAGAUGAUGCAACAAAAUUCAUCCACAGCUGCUCCAACCACAGCACCUCAAAAGAAGAAGAGAAAUCAACCUGGAACACCAAAUCCAGAUGCAGAGGUUAUAGCACUAUCUCCCAAGACCCUAAUGGCAACAAAUAGGUUCAUAUGUGAGGUAUGCAACAAAGGGUUUCAAAGGGAACAAAACUUGCAGCUUCACAGAAGAGGACACAACCUGCCAUGGAAGCUAAAGCAGAAGACUACAAAAGAAGUGAAGAGGAAGGUGUAUUUGUGCCCUGAGCCCACAUGCGUUCACCAUGACCCUUCUAGGGCUCUCGGUGACCUUACUGGUAUCAAAAAGCACUAUUUUAGAAAACAUGGAGAGAAGAAAUGGAAGUGUGAGAAGUGCUCAAAGAAGUACGCUGUUCAAUCUGAUUGGAAAGCCCACUCAAAGACUUGUGGCACUAGAGAGUACAGAUGUGACUGCGGCACUCUCUUCUCAAGGCGUGACAGUUUCAUCACUCAUAGGGCAUUCUGCGACGCACUUGCUCAAGAGAGUGCAAGGCAUCCUACCAGCCUGAGCACCAUAGGUACACAUCUCUAUGGAAAUAACAACAUGGGCAUAGGUCUAUCUCAAGUGGGUUCUCAAAUUUCGUCGUUGCAAGAUCAGAACCACCCAACUAGCAAUAUGUUGCGGCUGGGAAGCACUGGAGCGGCGAAAUUCGAGCACAUAAUCCCUCCAUCUAAUUCGUCUUCCUUGUCGACAAUGCCUUCUUCUGCCUUCUUCAUGUCAGAUGCAAACCAAGGUUCAUUUCCUAAUAAAUCCUUACAUGGGUUAAUGCAACUUCCCGAUCUUCAAAGCUCCACCGACAACUCUUCCACUACCAAUCUCUUCAACCUUGGCUUCUUUCCGAGUAACGCUACUGCUCCCAACCGAAUGAAUGAUAGCGACAACGCCAAUUCAAGCACUGUAACCACAAACUUGGUGAACUCCCGCUUCUUGAAUUCAAAUCCAUUCCACAAUGGAAAUGGUGGCCAAGGGACGACAACCCUCUUCGCCAAUAACAUGGGUGAUCAUGUUGGGUCAGCUGGCAUCUCUUCUCUUUAUAGCAAUUCAAUGCAACAAGAAAACAUCACCCCUCACAUGUCUGCCACCGCAUUGCUUCAAAAAGCUUCUCAAAUGGGUUCUACGACUAGCAGCAACAAUCCUAAUUUACUAAGAAGCCUGGGAAGUUCUCCAUCAACCGGCAUUAAAUCUGAUAGGUCACCGCUUGUAUCUACUAAUUUCGGCAGCAAUAGCUUUGGCGAUGCAACUGUUGGGGAGGUUGGCCUAGGAAUACAAAUGGAAAGUGACAACCAACUUCAAGGGUUGAUGAAUUCACUUGCCAAUGGGGGAUCUUCCAUUUUCGGAGGCGGACACGGACAAGAUAACAGCUUCGGCGGGUUUACCAGCGGCGGAGUCUCAUUGGAGCAGCACCAUAAUAGCACAAAGUUUAGAAAUGUAGAGGAGGCAAAGUUACAUCAGAGUCUUGGCGUAGGGUCAGAUAAACUGACCUUAGAUUUUCUUGGCGUUGGGGGAAUGGUAAGAAGCAUUGGCGGCGGACAGCAUGGAAUCAAUCUAAGCUCACUGGAUUCACAAUCAGCACAAGCAAAUAACAAACGUUUUUGACGGGAGAAAAGUCUUUGAGAAGUAAAACAAGACAGAUCGUGGUAGUUUAGGUAUGCAUGUAUGUUUGUCUUGAUCUAUCUUUGUGUGUGUACUCAUAUGGUAAUUUUCAUUGGAAAUCAACCUGACCAUUCUCUCUA